UGGGAUGCAACCAUCACUCAGAAUGAUCAAAUCAUUCGUUUCUCGUCCAACUCGACUCAUGCGCUGCACAACCCUGCUGAGCUAAUUGAGAGUAGCCGCCACCAUGACCGCAGGUCGACCUCCUUUUCGUUGGGAGUUGAUGGAUGGAUGUUAGGACCCAAUCGGCAGCUCCUGUUUUGGGUUCCGCUCGGUCUUCGACAGCCAUUUUAUACUCCCAGGACUGUAUUGGUGAUACCCAGAGGAAAUACUGAGCUUUAUUUGAGCCGCAUGGCACAUGGACAACACUGGAGGAAUUGCCGAGAU